AUGACUAAAGAUGUGUAUUGUCUCGAUGGCGAAAAUCUCACCUUUGUCUUGGAUGAGGGAGAAUAUGUUGUUGCUGUGGACCGUCAAUUCGUUACGGGCACUUGCGGAGUUGUACCAUUCAGCCAAAAGCAAACAAUAGUAACCAUGGAAGGUUUUCGAUGGAACCUAAAAGGUGCGAAAAUGUCAUUUGGUGGGCUGAUAAGUACAUCGAACAUCGUGGAGAAAGACGUGGUCAGGGUGAAGACGUCAGCGCCGUUGAUCUUCACUAUGGAGUUGCUGCCAAGCUCUCUUUUAUAA